AUGGCUUCGGGGCCGGGUCCGCAGGUGGACAUCAUGAACGACCCCGCCUAUAAUGCGUCUUCGGCUUCCGGUUCGAACGACAAUGGCGAGCCGGACCACUGUCGUAUAUGUCGCUCCGAGGGAUCGAGGGAGGAGCCUCUGUUUCACCCCUGCAAGUGCAGCGGUUCCAUUAAAUUCGUUCACCAGGACUGGUAUGCCAUUUUGCCCCUUACGAAAUCGCGGCCCUGCGCGAACCCAUUCCCUUUGGUCCUGGUAGAUUGCAAACUGACUUUCUCCUUGUGUUCAGCUUGCUGGAAUGGUUGCAGCAUUCUCAGAAGAAGCAUUGCGAGCUCUGCAAGACUCCUUUCCAUUUUACGAAGCUUUACGACCCUCAUAUGCCCGCUACCAUUCCAACGCCAUUGUUCCUGAAAAAAUUGUCCAAUCAUCUGCUCAGAAAUCUUCUUUUGUGGGCAAGAGCACUGUUGGUUGGCUGUGUCUGGCUGGGCGGAUUACCAUAUUGUGUUAGAUGGAUGUGGAGAAUGUGGUUCUGGUUGAGCGAUGGCGGAUGGUGGACGGAUCAAGCGCAUAAUCGUACAAGGACGGCUUCGCCAACCACAACGGCCCUGGCGGAUUUGCCCGGGACGCCUACAACGACAUCGAGCGCGGUUAUGAGCUCGACGAGUUCGGCUUUUGGUAGUGGCCUCGUGGGUUUUCUAAGAUCUACUUUGCUGUCCGGGCCGGCAGCGGGUCCGGUCGAUGGAGGCAAGGUAACGGCCAACGCCGCCACUGCCGUUAAUGCUACUGUUUCCAAUGCAACCACCUCUAUUGGGGUUCGGCUCGGAGGACUCUUUAUCGAUCCGAGUCUGUUCCACAACUUUACUCGGUAUCCUGCUGUAAACGGAGUCAUCGUGGAUAUCUUUGAGGGCCAGCUAUUGACGGCACUGAUUGUCAUAUCAUUCAUUCUGAUUUUUUUGAUUCGUGAAUGGGUCGUCCAGCAGCAACCUGCUUUGGCGGGCGCUGUAGCGCUGCCGCAGUUGGAUGAGCUUCAGGCGCCUCAGGCUGAGAAUGCUCAAUUGCCUGAGAUUAACCCGCCGCCACAGGAUCGCCUUCCGCAUGAGCAUGAAUUAGCUCGCGCGCUUGGCCAAUUUAGAGACGAGUUGGUUCUACCAGGCCCGGCCGGCAGGGAGCCCGUACCUCACAGAGUUAUUGCCAACCCAAGGAGACGGAGACCCUUCCCUGAGGCUGUGACCGCAGCUAACCCAGAAGCGGAUCCCUCGGGACCGAAUACGGACAUCCGCACCAUCCAGAAGUAUGGUCAAGGUUAUCUUUUUAAUGACGGAGGCUCUGAGCCAGCUUCUGUCGGGCUGGGGGCCAUGGGCGAGAGCUCUGACCAACCUGCAAGGCGCCCUCAGGUUAACCGUAGAGCGAUGUCGCAGCCUGCAGAGAUUCGAAGAGCAGUGGAGGAGAGGUCCGAGGUUUCUGAUGGCAGUUCCCGAGGCCCUAGCGCAUUUACAAAAUACGAAUUUGACUUUUCAUUUGGCCGCCGCGAUCAAACCCCGUCUCCCGUGUACACCCCUGAGAGUGGCGACUCCAGCGGAAGUCGAACCCCGGCGAGAUUCGGCAGAGCGCCAUCACCUGUCGGUUUCAAUAGAGCCAUUGUUGAUACCCAGGCUCCCCUAGGUAGGGAAAGGUCUUUGUACAACUUCUCCGGUAGUGGGUCGCCCAACAUGGCUGCCGUCGGCGAGGGUCCAAGCUCGGACGCCGCGGAGGGUCAAAUUAACAAAGGAAAACAGCCCGAUUUACUUUUCCAGCCUUAUGAGAAUUCAAUUGAUAAUGAGGAUCAGUGGGAAGAUGAGGAAGAGGAAGACGACAUGACCGAUUCUAAAGGAAAAGGGAAAGAGAUCGAAGCACCAUCUGCCCAUGUGCCUGCGGCGGGCUCUUUUGGGCUUGUAAUGAUAGGCCGCCGCAACUCUGGGUUCGGGACAGAGUCGGACCCUAUCAGGGUUAGGGCUCCAACACCUGCAGCCGCUCGAUACUCGCCGCCGUCGAUAUCCUCCCCUUCUGUUGCGACGACUAGCGAUCCUGUACUGGAUCCUCCCAGCUUCACCACCCAUACAGGCGAUGAGUCGGCUCGUAUUGGGGAGGGUAUCUACCGGGAUCGUGUUGAGGCGGAAGGCAUGCCAAAUACAGAUGUUCGGAGCGCGGAGCCAAUUACGGCUGGGUCACUUGAAGCGCAAGAUCUUGAGGUUGGGGCUAUCCGGGAGCCUCGGGUGCCUAUGCAAGAACCUAUCCCACAUCAGCCAGCUCAACUGUUUGGCUGGUGGAACAGGGCCCCUGAUGAAGGCAAUGCACAGGAAGUUGCACAAGCUAUAGAAGGGGAUGACACUGGGACCGAGGAUGGCGCUGAUGAUGGCACUGAUGGUGAGGAUAAUGGGGCAAACGAGGUUGCUGAUGGGCCUGCUAUUGAAUUGCCUGAGAUUCCCGCGGAUGCUCCGCAAGCGAUAGCCGACGAAGAUGCUGCUGAUGAUUUUGAUGGCAUCAUGGAACUGAUUGGGAUGCGAGGGCCGUUUGCUGGAUUGCUCCAGAACGCAGCCAUUAGCAUUGUGUUGAUAACUACUACUGUAGCGCUUGGUGUUGCCUUCCCGUAUGUCAUGGGAAAGAUCGUUAUGAUAAUUCUGGUAUGGGACUUGCUCCGUGAUCAAGAUCAAUAUUGACUUUCUAACAAUACCUAUCAGGCAAACCCUAUCUUAUUCCUCGUCAAGGUUCCCGCAACCAUAGUUUCAUUCGUCGCAGGAUUUGCCGUCGAAUUUUCGACAUGUCUUCUCUUUUCGCUCCUCUUGGUUGUGGAGCAGGUCAUGCGCUUCCUGUUUAGGCCGAUUGAACGUGUUGUCCCUGCGUUCUCGGGGGUUUCUUCUAGCUUGUUCCUAUCCGACAUCCUCAAACGGUUAGCCCUAGACGGUCAGGGCAGGGUGACACAGAAAAUGGCUAAUCUCAAGUCGAUUUAUAUGGAUUUGAGAGCGUUCCCGUCAACCGGUGCCCCACCGGUGUCUACCCUAACCCGGCAGGGAUGGUUGAGAGCCUCACUUGGAGCGACUUGGGCAAUGGAGAAAUUAGGAUUUGGAACCAAUUGGACGCACCCACCCUCGUUUCUCCAAGACGAAGGCGCUAACAGUUCAACACCGGUUGCAUUCUUCAAUUCUAGCUUUACCAAGGUUAUUGCCGCUCUGUUCCGAACUCCACAAAAUGCAACAAGCACUACUGCCCAGGGUAUUUCUCCCGAAAGUCUUUCGCUGCUAGAUCCUGUCAACAUUUGGAGCGUAUGGGAUCGGGUCACUGCGGUAUUUAUUGGGUAUGCGUUGUUCACGAUCGUUGGAAUGCUCUACCUUCAAAAUGCGAGGAAGAGGGACCUUGCUGUAAAUGGUAGAGUGCUGGAAAAGAUUGCUGUUGAGUUGCUGUCACAGGCUGGGGGAGUGAUGAAGGUUGUGCUGAUUAUAGGAAUCGAGAUGCUUGUAUUUCCUCUUUACUGCGGGCUGCUGCUUGGUGAGUCUAUAUUCUUGUGACUCCUUCUGCAGAGGCUAACACUUUCUUUUUUUCUCGGUUUUUUUUUUCAGAUUUCGCGCUCUUGCCUUUGUUCGAGGAAGCCACGAUCCUCUCGCGGGUUCAAUUUUUUGCCGACUUUCCAUUGACAAGCGUGUUCGUGCAUUGGUUUGUUGGCACAUGUUAUAUGUUCCAUUUCGCUCUCUUCGUAUCAAUGUGCCGGAAGAUUAUGAGAUCGGGUGUGCUCUGUGAGUUGGAAACACCUAUCCUUUGGCGAGGUAUCACUAACAUUGCGAAAGACUUUAUCAGAGAUCCCGAUGACCCAAAUUUUCACCCGGUAAAGGACGUACUCGAUAGGCCUGUCGUGAUGCAACUGCGAAAGAUAGGGUUCAGUGCGCUCAUUUAUGGCGUUCUGGUGAUUGUUUGCUUGGGUGGGGUGGUCUGGUCUUUAUAUCUGGUCACUGAAUCUGUGCUCCCCAUCCACUGGUCGUCCAAUGAACCCGUACUCGAGUUUCCCGUGGAUUUGUUGUUCUACAAUUUCUUUAUGCCUAUCGCUGUCCAGUUUGUCAAGCCGUCUGAUGGGCUACAGAAGAUGUACGGAUGGUGGUUUAGGAGGUGUGCCCGCUUCCUGAGGUUGACCAGCUUCAUGUUUGGGGACAGGAUGGCAGAUGAGGAAGGGCACCAUGUUCGGCAAGGCUGGGCUGCUCGGCUGUUGCGCAAAAAAGGAGACGUCAACCACCCGGUAAUCGGAGCAGAUGCCCCGAAUGAAACUGGGGGAGCCGGUGUGGAGGCUUAUUUUCGAAGAGACGGGAGAUAUGUUAGAGCGCCAGCAUCGGAUUCUGUGCGUAGGCCCAAAGGGGGAAGGGUUUUCGUUCCUGUCACCGAGGAUAAUGUUCUGCUUGAUGAACAAGAUGCUCCCGUCGAUCACGGAAACAUUCCCAAUCCUGAUUUCAAGCUUGUCUAUCUUCCGCCUUGGUUCAAGACACGAAUUGGGCUCCUCGUCUUGGGUAUUUGGGGGUUUGCUGCUUUUACAGGCAUCGGAGUGACCAUCGGCCCGCUACUUCUUGGAAGGACCGUACUGAAGCAAUUAGUGCCUCCGAAUAUUAAGCUGAAUGACAUUUACGCUUUCAGUGUCGGGAUCUACAUUAUUGGAGCUUUCGUCUACGCUGGGGCGAAAUGGAAAUUGGCGAGGAGUUUGAUCAGAAGAGGAAUACGUACUGUGCGGGAAAGCGAGAGUCUCUGGCGGGCGAUGAGCAAGUGGCUUGUCCGUGUUGCUAAAAUCUCAUACGUCCUCACAGCAUUCGGCAUUGUACUCCCUACGUUAUUGGCACUGAUGAUAGAGUUCUAUGUCAUCAUCCCCAUUCACACGUACUUCUCUAACGAUGACCAACACGUGAUCCACUUUAUCCAAGACUGGACGCUUGGGGUUCUCUAUAUUAAGAUGAUGGGACGGAUGCUCUUGGUCAAUAGAGAUAGCGCCUGGGCACGAUCUUUGCAGGGUGUGGUCGCGCGCGGUUAUCUAGACCCGGACGUCAAGCUUGCAACCAAGCAUUUUAUCGCUCCUGCCGGUGGCUUUAUGCUCGUAGCGUUACUGCUCCCUCUCGGCCUGGGCUCCAUUGCAGCCAACACUUUUCGUGAGCUCCCCUUACAUCUUCCCUCUUCCUAUUAUGACUCCGUACUAACGAGCCAAUAGUCAAAAACGCCCCCGCUGAGAAGAUUAGCCAAAUAUACCGCUACAGUUACCCUGCGGUCUUUGCAAUGUUCUUUCUCAUCGGGUUAGGUUAUCUUUGGAAAAUCCUGGUGGACUCCUGGAAGCAGAGCAUCAUAGACGAGGUCUACCUUACUGGGGAACAGCUUCACAAUCAUGGAGAAGACGCCCCGCCCAGAGCUGGUGAAGCGCCUACCGCCAUCACUACGGCCAUUGUCACGGCCCCGCGGGAAUGAUAGACGUAUAGAGUGGAUGGAUAGAUCUGGUUAUUUGCUUGGUUCUUUAAUAACUGUACCGCCUAGUUUUUCUCGGCUUGAAAUGGGGUGAAAUUAACUAUCCAUUUCUUGUUCUUUGUUAUUCCCUUUUUUCCCCUUCUCUUUCUAAGACGGAAAUUGUAGAUAGUUCUAGUAGGGGUUCCGGCGUUUCUCUUAUUUUGCCUUUUAGCCAUUUUACUUAGGUUUCCUUCAGACUGGUCAAUUGCGCGUUUAAUGAGUGUUUGUAGGCUGGCGGUGUGUAGGGCCGGUUGUGUACUUGAGGGUAAUACAAGCGGAUUAGGUGGGGGGUUAUCAUAGUGGAUCUGACUUU